AUGGCUGACAACAAUAGCUCAAGUCUUGCUUUUGAAAAAGAAAGCAUCAUUAUUGUGCAACAUGGAAUCUUUGGCCUCAUCAUUGAGACAUUGAACAACCAGAUCCAAGUGAAGUACCAAUCAGUCCAAGUGUCUCCCUUUGACACACACCGUGUCAUCAUGUUCAUUUUCCUCCUGGCUCUAUUUGUAUAUGCCACAGCAUCGGUGGUCGAGGUUAUGCUCCGAGCUUGUGAAUCAAUUUACGAUAGAUUUGUUGGCAAUAUCCGCCUCUUUGCCAGUGGCUCUGCUGCAAUUUUGCUUCUAGCAAUUCUUGCUCCAAUUUUGGGGCAUACGAAUCAUCCCAAAGAGUUGCACAACGUUUUAUGCCCAACAAUUGAUAAGAUUCUCUACAAGUUGACCGGUCUAAUUGGAAGUGUGAGAUGCCUCAUAGAAGAACCUAAUCAGCCAUGA